AUGCAGGAAUUACGGCCGGCACAUGGUUUGAUAAACGUGACUGUGUCUCUACCAACACAGUCAAGUAUACAGAAUCGAUCACUAGCUGACUUGAAAAACGACAAAAAUUCUUCUAUUACUGAACCUACACAGGGAAGUUUAAAAAAUCUGUCACUGGCUGACUUUAACAUCGAACAAAAAAUUGAAAAUCGUUCAAGCACUUCACCUGAACCUACCCAUGGAAGUUUAAGCAAUGUUGGAACGGAUUGUAAGCAAGUCACGAAAGUGGUGUACAUUAAAACUCACAAAACUGCUAGUAGCACAAUGGCGUCCAUCAUUCAACGAUUUGGUGAUUCGCGAAAUUUGUCAUUUGCUGUUCCCACAAGAGGUCAUGUUUUAUCAAGUAGAUAUGGUUUUAAGCAGAACAUGCUAAACAUAGCCAAAUACCCACCACUAAAUGGUGGGACACAUUACGAUAUAUUAACUAAUCAUGUUGGUUAUAAUCGACAUGAAAUGGAGGCUGUUAUUCCCAACGCAACCUACGUCACUGUAUUACGUCAUCCUGUAAAUCAGCUGGUGUCCGCGUUCGCCUACUUUGAGUGGACAAAGGCUGUGAAAUCUUAUCGUAGAGGAAGUGCAGAUUUAUUUGCCAUUUUCAUGGAAAGCCCUACAAAAUUUCUAACUGGAAAAAUGAAGUUUUGGUGGCAAGGUCACAACGGUCAGCUUUAUGACCUUGGAUUUAAAACACAAAAUAAAGAUACCAGUAACAAAUUAGAUGACCGAGUCCACAAAUACAUUGAAGUUCUAGACAGGGAGUUGGACCUCGUUCUCAUCACGGAAUACUUUGAUGAGUCUUUACUGAUAAUGAAGAAACAACUGUGUUGGAGUAUGGACGAUAUUGUUUAUAUUUCAAAAGGAUUGGGUGCAUCACAUUAUAUAAUUACGCAACAGACACGUGACAAACUCUUAAAAUGGAAUAGGGGAGAUUUGCUACUUUAUCAGCAUUUCAACAGAACACUAUGGGAGAAGAUAGCUCAGUACGGGCCUACGUUUGAGGGAGACUUAAAACAGUUUCGGGGUAAACUGCAAGAAACAUUGACAGAGUGCAUUGACCCAUCAAAGAUGAAUACUAAAGAUCGACGGGAAAGAAAAUAUGUACUGAAAACUACUGCAUCUAAAAAAUGUUUUAAAAUGUCGUUUGAUGACAUUCAAUACACUAAUAUAAUACGAAAAAAACAACUCAAAACUAAUGAUUGGUUUGUCUUUUGA